ACAUUUUUUUUUUCUUUUUCCUUAUUUCAUUUUUAUAUAAUGGCAACUACAAGCGAACAAACACUUUACGUAUCUGGAUACACAAAUGAAGAAAGUGUUGGUAUUUACCAAUAUACUUUUGACACCAAAACUGGUGUUUUGACUCCCAAAGGCUUGGCUGCAAAAGCUGACAAUCCCUCUUAUUUAUGCCUGCACAAGACGGGCCAACAUAUGUAUGCUCUCAGCGAAGUUGACGAGUACAAGGGUCAAAAAACUGGCUAUAUAUCCACUUAUACACGUGAUAAAGAAACAGGUAAACUAAACUUGGUCAAUGAGCAACCUUCUGGUGGCGAACAUCCUUGUCAUGGUAUUUGCGACGCCACUGGUAACUACCUGCUUGUUGCUAACUAUAAUGGGGGGUCUACUUCUGUUCUCCCCAUCAAAAAUCCUGGGUCUCCAGAGUAUGCUUUGGGCGAAAUUUCGUCUCAAGUUAUCCAUAAUGAACAUUUCAAGGCCACAGGUGGUGUUCCAGACCGUCAAGAGAAGCCUCAUGUCCACUCUGUUGAUUUAGAUCCUAUCGCUCAACAAUACGUAUUUGUCAACGAUUUGGGUUGCGACUUGCUUGUUACUUAUAAAUUCGAUCGUCAAAACGCAGGUUCGCUUGCUAUCCAUUCCACUUUUGAGUUCCCUAAAGGCGCUGGUCCUCGCCACCUCAAAUUUGCUCCUAACCAUAAUCACUUUUGCUAUGUUGUCACUGAACUGUCAAAUGAUAUAUUUAUGCUUGAAUUCAACUUCCAAGAAGGCAAAUUUAACUUGAUUCAACAAAUUCAUGCACUUCCUGAGGAUUUUACAGGUUCAAACACUGCCGCAGAAAUUGAUAUUACGCCUAAUGGCAAGUUCAUGUAUGCCUCUAUGCGUGGCUAUGAUGCAAUCACGAUCUUUGAAAUUGAUGAAUGGAGUGGCAAACUCUCUCUGGUAGGUUACCAACCUACAGGUGGUAAGUAUCCUCGUCAUUUCACUCUUGAUCCCACUGGUAAUUUCUUGUUGGUCGGAAACAAGGACUCUAAUAAUGUUGUUGUCUUCAAGAUUGACCAAAAGACAGGUGCUUUGGCUGAAGUCUCAAAAGUAUCGCAUGUACAACCUACAUGUAUUCAAUUCUGGAACUAGAUACUAUAUUUUUCAAUACAUUUGUGAUAGAGAGUUUGCAUAAAAAAUGCAAAUGUUUUGACAUAA